GUAACAUGGGACGGCCCCGAUGACCCAACAAAUCCCUACAACUGGUCGAGCAGGCGCAAGAUAGCUAUGGCUAUUACUAUUUCUCUGGGACAGCUCGUGUGUCUUAUGACAACGAGUGUGGUAGCCCCAGCCCUUCCACAAAUGGCUUCAGACUUGAGGCUAGGGGAAUCCGAGACCCAAAUUUCUUUCUCGAUUUUCGUUCUAGGCCAAGCCUUUGGGCCUUUCCUGAUUGGGCCCUUGAGUGAAGUUUUCGGCCGGAAGCCUAUGUGGAUAGGAGGCAACAUAUUUUAUAUUGUAUGGAACACUCUAUGUCCUGUUGGAAAGUCCAAGGCAAUGCUGGUUGUUGGCCGGUUUCUGGCUGGUGCAGGAGCGAGUAGCGGCGUUAAUCUAUCUGGCCCUAUCAUGGCUGACAUGUAUCGCAAAGAGGAUCGCGGCAAGUCCCUAGCUAUUGCAACACUGUUUCCUUAUUUGGGCCCGGCCCUUGGUCCGAUUGUUGGUGGUCUAGUCAGUCAGCAUGUAAGCUGGCCAUGGUUAUUCUGGGUGAUGUCUAUUUUCGAUGCUGUUGUUGUUAUAUCCGGGUUCUUAAUCGUUCGUGAGUCAUUUAAACCAAUAUUGCUACAGCGCAAAGAGGCCGAUCUUCGCAGGAAGGGUGCAACCAUAGCGACAAACGAGAACGACCCGUCAGAACAAAACCUCCUACCCAAGAUUCGUGCAAGCCUAAUACGACCGUUACGUCUAUUAUUAACACGUCCAAUUAUUCAAAUAUUGGCUUUGAUCAUGGCCCUCGGGUUUGGAAUCUAUGUUCUCGUUUUGUCUUUCUUUGCAAGGGUGUUCAUCGAUCAAUACAAUGAAUCAGCCACCACCAGCAGUCUCCAAUAUAUUUCCAUUGCCCUAGGUAGUACGCUUGCAACUCAAGCAGGCGGUCGCCUCAUGGAUAUUGUUUACUCUCGUCUUCAUGCUCGACAGCCUGAUGGCACUCCUGCACCACCAGAAUUUCGAGUGCCACUUUUGUUAGUUGGUGUAUUCUUACUACCAGUAGGACUCUUCUGGUUGGGGUGGUCAGCCCAAGACCACAUAAAAUGGAUUAUGGUCGAUAUUGGCGCAGUAAUCUUCACAGCAGGAGAUUUUCUGGCAAGCCAAGCUGCGCUUGCAUACUUGCUUGAUGAAUUCCCGAAUCAUUCUGCAUCCGCGGGGGCAGCUGUGAGAAUGUUGAGUAAUAUCCUUGGCUUUGCGUUUCCAUUGUUUGCACCGCAGCUAUAUGAUAAACUUGGUUAUGGAUGGGGCAAUAGUUUGUUGGCAUUCGUAUGGAUUGUCAUUGCGAUACCUGUUCCUGUUGUCCUUUGGUUCUGGGGAACAAAUAUCAGGCCUAUUGGCAGAACCAAGGAGUAUCAAGAAGAACAUUGA